GAAUGAUGAAUUCUCCAUCAUUACCAUUAGAAUCUAUGAUGCAAAUAUUAAAACAUCUAGAAAAUGAUAUCCCAUCAUUACAUUCGUGCGUUUUGGUUAAUCGACAUUGGUGUAUAACAUCGGUCCCUCGACUAUGGUUUGAACCUUUUACAUCCAAAUUAUCGGAAAAUUCGAUUCUCUCUUUAUUGCAAACAUAUUUUAGAUGUCUUAAAUACGAUCAAGAUAAAAUCUCACUUUCGAAUAUUCUACCUCAGAGAUUAGUGACGACGAAUCGACCACUUUUUAAUUAUGCGUCAUUUUUAAAAAGUUUAAAUACGAGAUUAUUAGGAAUAUAUGUAUCCUUAUGGAUAAGUUCCGCAACAACGUCAAAAGACAAGGAGAAUAUGACUAAAAUGAUGUUAAGGGCUUUAUAUAAAUUAUUUAUUGAAAGUGGAGCAAAAUUGGAUAGUCUCACAUUGGAUGUAUCUGCUGGAUCAAUGGAUAUAGCUGUGGAAAUUUCUUUAAUUAAACAAAAUUUAAAUUUCAUUUCAAAUAUAAGAAAGUUGGUUUGCAUAUUUAGUAAUUUCUCCUCAUCUGAAGUAUUAUUUAAUUUAAGUGAACUUUGGAAUGAAUUGCCAAAUAUUUGUAAAAGGAUUAGAAUCUUGGAUGUUGAUGCGAAUGACAUGCACUGGACAGUUGGUCAAACUUUAGUAAACCUAAUUGAAUCACAAAACGAAUUAUCCAAUGUGAUAUUUAGAUCUUUUGGAAGUAAAGUGACAUCCGCGGUUGCCAUGUUGGCAAAAAAGUCUGAUACCUUAACUUCGUUGGAAUUCGAAUGUAUAGAUUUUAGUAAAGUAUCUUUAGAAGGUCUUGAACAUUGUACAAAAUUAGAGACAAUUCGAUUUAGAGGUGGUAAAGAUUGUGAUCUUGAAACUUUUCGUCCGUUAAUUAAAGCGAAAUGUAAAAUUAGAACUUUAGAAUUAAUUGACAUUAGCGAUUAUGAAUCCGUGUUACCACUUUUAGAAAGAGUCGGUUGGAGUUUAGAACAUUUAAUCAUAAAUCCAAUUAAAAAUUCUCUGGUAGAAGCUCUACCGAAAUAUUGUCCAUACAUCACUUACCUAAAUAUUUCAAUAGUUUCACUGUUCAUCUCACAUUUAAUGUUGUUAGUAAGUGGUUGUCAAUUGGAAUAUUUAGUUAUAAAAUCAAAUUCUGUUGAGGACACAGAUAUAAUUCUAAAUGAAAUGGGUAAAGUGGUUCCUCCUUCUCUACAUUACUUGGAAUUAUCAAUGCCUUUAACAUCUAAUCAAUUGGACACUUUUUUGAUGGAUUGUCAAGCCCCUCUGAAAAAGCUUGUGGUAAAUUCUUACCCUCGUUUAUUUUUAACCGAAGGUCACAUUGAUUCAAUUAAGAGGUUUGCCAUAAGAAAAGGUACUUUGAAAUAUGUUAAUCUUGGAACUAGUGGUCUUCACAUGGAUUUUGAUAGUUUGCCAAUCAACGAAGAUACAUGUUUAAAAUUCUUGUCCUUAGAUGAUAUUGUGGUUAAAUAUUAA